AUGGCGAAAGUAGUCGACGAUUCUAAUCUCAACGAUGACCAUGAUAAAGAUGAACUUGACCCGAAGGCCCGCUUUGUGGAUGUCAGAGAGAUGAUCGACUGGACCAACGGCGAUGGAUCCCGCUUCAACUUGUCCCCGUAUUUCCUGAUUCGAGAUGAGUACAUCGGACUCAUAAAUCACCUGAAGUGGAAGAGAAGCAUAUUCUCCUAUGGGGCAGCCGGGAAUUGGUAG